GGCACGCACGCCACGUUCACGGGCGUGGAUGCACGUCGUGGUCGUGGAUGCGCGCGUGCAUCUCGAGUGAUCCGCGUCGACUCCCGCCGCAUAUCUCUCUCUCUCUUUCUCGUGCCGCACGCGCGUGCACACGGCCUUCGCGUGUGCUCACGCCAAUCCUCCGCUGGAGAAACGGGUUGUCGCCGUGGGACAGAGACGGGAGACCGUUCCUCUUCCUCGAGGAGGAGCGCGGGAUCGGUAUUUCGGAGACGGUAGACCCGAAAAAAAUCCGGACGGAGAGGAAUGUCGUCCCUUUUGAGUCCUGGCGACGUUCUCGGCUUUCUCGAUCGUCAGGUCGACUGGUCGAGGUGUAGAAUCGGUCGUGGACUGUGCAGGGACGCAAAAGGACGGUGCUGGAAGGAGGGUCGGCGAUGUUUAACGCAUACAUACAAGAAAAGAGGCGGGAAGGAGAGGGAAGGGUCUCGAAGAAAGAGCGAGAGAAGAGAAGAGAAGAGCGAGAAGGAGGGCUUAGUAUCGGGCUCUCGACACCGGUUUUGUGCCUGGUCGGUUCGCUUAGUUGGCAAGACUACAAGCAGAGGUCGUUCGUCGUUCUCGAUGAAUGUCUUGCCUGCAGAGAGAAAGAGAGAGAGAGAGGAGAGAAAGAAAAAGCGACAAAAAGUGAAGAGGAGAUGAAGAAGUCGAAGAGAACGAUGCUGGACCAAAGGAUUAAAUGUAUAAAAAUGUUCGAAAAUUAUCCUAGAACAGAGAGAAAGUAAAUUGCCAAUUAAAUUUUUGUUAUGAUACAAAUAUGGACAAA